AUGGGAUCCGAAGAUUUGCUAAAAAUAAUCUUAAUGAUCAUGUGCACAUCAAAGAUGUGUGCUGGGCAAAAUGACAUUACCGCAUCUGUUUUCACCGUCACUUCUAAAAGUAUUACGGUUCAAUGGAGCAGACACUCUGGUGCAAACUCCUACAAACUGACCGCAACACCAAAAAAAACCAAUGAACAGCCCGUGUUUGCACAGUUCAGUGGUAGCACGGUAAUGGGUUCCAUCAACUCACUCUCCCCAAAUACGGUGUACACGAUGCGUGUGGAGGCUAUGGAUAGCUCCGUGAACGUACUCAGCAGCGUCGAGAUAGAGGAUACAACGGCACCCGAGGUUCCGUCCAUUGUGAAGGCCUACUCCAACCACAGCUCCAGUAUCACUGUGGAAUUUGGUGAGGUGUCAGGUGCCACCGCAUACAUCCUGCGGGCAGAGAAAAGUGAUGGAUUCUUUUCAGAGAGUGUGGUGUUUGGCUCGCCAGGUACCAUAUUCAACCUGAGUGCCUACGCAGAUUAUACACUUAGUGUCAUGUCAAGGAACAGUGGUGGCCAUAGCCAGCCCUCAUUCCCAGUCCAAGCCAGGACAGUGGUUGCAGCCCCAGCACUGCGCUCUGUCUCCCCCACUCAGGACAGUAUUGUGUUGAGUUGGGAUCCUGUGGAACAUGCAGUUCAAUACACACUAUAUAUCAACGCUGAGAAUUCAGACAUCUGGCUCCAAGUUAACACCUCUCAGACCAACAUGACAUUCAACAAUCUAGAUCCAGGGGUCACAUACUGCAUCAAGGCCACAGCCCGGGACCUAAAUAGCAUACCUGGAGAUGUCAACACCAUCUGUCAGAUCACCCGUCCUCCUGUCCCUGCAGGUGUGCAUACUUCUUUGACCAUGGAGAGAAUUAUUGGACUAGCAGUAUACUGGGAGGCUGUGCGUGGUGCAAGUGUCUAUUUUGCCCUGAGCUCCUUAGGGCAAAACUGUACCUCAAUGGGAGAGCCGUUCUGCAUUAUUAGCCCUAUAGGAUGUAGUGAGAACCACACACUCACUGUUAUGGCUGAGAACCAAGCUGGCCCCAGCAGCCCAUCCCAGCCACAGGACCUGCUAACCUUGCCCUGCCCUCCAGACUCAGUGAAAGUAGAUGAAUCCUCUGUAGGGAACUGCUCAGUAACAUGGACCAGUGUGCCAUGGAUGGAGUACUACAUGGUAUAUAUAAACAGAGACGAUGGUGCAGAGGAGCAGUGUAACACCACCAACAACCUCUGCUAUUUCCAAUGUGACUGUGGCUAUACCUACAUGACUACUGUAUUUGUCUACAAUGAGGCUGGUGCCAGCCCUCCAGGACCAAUUCCCACCUACACCACUGUCCCCUGCUGUCCACAGAUUGUUUAUGUCUCUCUUGUUUCAACUGAGACACUGGAGGUCACAUGGUCAGCAGUCCAUGGAGCAGACCUGUAUGAGACAGUGGCAGCAGAUGAAUCAGGCAUACUGCACUGCAAUGACACUGUGCCCAUAUGCGUUCUGUCUGACCUUACCUGCAACAGCCUGUACAGUGUUGUAAUCAGACCCUGCAGUGAGAUACGUGGCUGCAAUGACACCUGCACACCAAAUACACAGGAAACAGCUCCAUGUGCUCCUGAGAUCCUGAACAUCACCCAAGUGAACAGCUCUGAUGUGCUGGUUUCAUGGAGGGCUCCCAACAAACAAGCCAACUACACAGUAAAUGCUUUUGGCAGUGUCAGUAACCUUACUUGCUCAUCCACCAGUACUUCUUGUAGCAUCACCAACCUACCUUGUGGAGCCACUUAUGAGAUCAGCAUAUAUGCUACCACUACUGUGGGGAGUAGUUUGCCCAGCUAUAGCAUCCCCAUGGAAACAGGACCCUGCUGUCCUGAGACUCUCAGUGCAGAACAGGUGACGCAGUCCAUGACCAGUGUGAAGUGGUCUUCAUCCAAAGGAGGCUGGUCUUAUAUAAUCUCACUGUCAUCACCACGAGGUCAAGCCAAGUGCCAUACCAUGGACACACACUGCUUAAUGGGUUGCAUCACAUGUGGCACCAAUUACAGUGUCUCAGUGGAGGCCAUUAGCAUAACAGGGCACAAGUCCUUAUGUAGCUAUCAUGGAUUUUCUUCAAGUACUUGUUGUCCUUCUGGUAUCAGGCUCUACCGGAUGGAAAAUAGCACACUUCGUGUGUCUUGGAGAGGUUCAGAUAUUGUCAAUGGGUACUCAGCUGAACUCUACAGCAACAGUGCCAACUACACAUGCAGAUCAGCGCUGGGUGUCAGCUCAUGUGACGUGAACCAUGUAAUGUGUGGUGACACCUACAGUGUUGUUGUUGCACCGCUCACACUUCAAGGUUCCAAAGUCUUAUUCUGCCCGAGGAGGAUAUACUCUGUUUCCUGUGUUGGCAACAGUCUUGGAAUGGUUACUUAUCGUGGAAAAAGAAGUGUGGAUUAGCAGUUGACAUAUAAAGGGUCUCUCUAUGAAAUGAAG